UUGACCGGAAACUAGCUUAAUGCUAGAAGAAAAUCGUUAGGGGGGUAUAUUUACUAACCGAAACCAAAUUGAGCAAAACAGAAAGAGUGCAAUAUUUUGCUGCAGGAGAUUUUCCUGCAAACCUUCAAACUUCCAAUGGCUACUGACCUGCCCAUGGACACAUUGUUGGCUCCUAACCCUGUUCUGUCCUCUCCCCCUGAUCUUACCCCGGCCUCUUUUCCUGUUCUUGAUAUUGAUGCAGCCCAAGACCAGAUUCCCACCCAGGAACCAGCACUUGCUGAAACUCCUGAUAACCUAAUAACUUCAGAGCAAAAUGCCGCUCCAGAUCUCACUCCAGUUCAACCUUCAGACCCAGGCAUAACUUCAGUUCCUGCCGUAGGUUCUGAGCUACCCCCCAUACCUCUGCCAGCACCCCUGCCACCAGUUGCUGCCAAAAACCCCAGCUGCAAGAUCAUGACUUUCCGACCCACCAUGGAGGAGUUUAAAGACUUCGCCAAAUAUAUUGUCUAUAUGGAGAGUCAAGGAGCUCAUCGUGCCGGCCUGGCUAAAGUGAUUCCCCCUGAAGGCUGGAAGCCACGAAGUUCUUAUGACGCCAUUGAAGACAUGGUGAUUCCAGCUCCUAUCAUGCAAGUGGUGACUGGUCAGUCAGGUCUAUUUACCCAAUACAACAUUCAGAAGAAAUCUAUGACUGUUGGUGAAUACCGCAAACUGGCUAACAGCAAGAAGUACUGCACACCUCGCCAUAAAGACUUUGAUGACCUAGAGAGGAAAUACUGGAAGAACCUGACGUUUGUUUCACCCAUAUAUGGGGCUGAUGUUGGUGGCUCUAUUUAUGAUGAUGACAUUCAAGAGUGGAACAUUGGCCAUCUCAAUACGCUGUUGGAUAUGGUGGAACAGGAGUGUGGCAUUGUCAUCGAAGGUGUCAAUACACCAUACCUGUAUUUUGGAAUGUGGAAAACCACCUUUGCUUGGCACACUGAAGACAUGGAUCUCUACAGUAUCAACUAUCUACACUUUGGACAGUCCAAGUCCUGGUACACCAUCCCACCUGAGCACGGCAAGAGGCUGGAGAGGCUGGCAAAAGGCUUUUUUCCUGGUAGCUGCCAAGGCUGCGAUGCCUUCCUUCGCCACAAGAUGACACUGAUAUCUCCAUCCAUCCUGAAGAAAUUCGGCAUUCCCUUCGACAGAAUUACUCAAAAUGAGGGCGAGUUCAUGAUCACUUUUCCCUACGGGUACCACGCAGGCUUCAACCAUGGCUUCAACUGUGCAGAAUCGACAAACUUUGCCACUCUGCGUUGGGUGGACUACGGCAAGAAUGCGACUCUGUGUUCCUGCCGGAAGGACAUGGUGAAGAUCUCAAUGGAUGUGUUUGUGCGCCGCCUGCAGCCUGAUCGGUAUGAACUGUGGAAGCAGGGCAAAGACAUCACAGUGUUGGACCACCUAAAGCCCACAGAGCUCACAAGUCCUGAACUGGAGUGCUGGAGGCAACACCGAGUCACCUACCGACAAAAACUUCUGCAUAGAGCAUUGCAGAAGAUGAAGCAAGUUCGUCGCCUAAAGCUGGAGGAGGUAAAGGUGCUGGCAGAGGAAGGAAUUGAACUAAAUGCUGCUGACUACCAGCGUCAGGUGGAGGAGCGGGAGGCUCAGCGCAGGCAGGAGAGGGACGAGCGGCUUGCUAGAGAGGCCAUGAUGACCCUGGAGGCCAUGGAAUUUGAGGAAAAUGCUGCUGCUGCUAAAGCAGCAGAGACUCUCGAGACUCCAGAAGCUCAGGAGGGAGAAGAACCAGAGGUGAACCCACAGAACCUGACUGAAGAUAUAGAGGAAAAGAAGAGCUUGUCCUCUUUCAAAACUGAAGAAAUGCUGACCGUGUCAGGUUUUGAAGAAGUAUUCAAGAAAUUUGCUACAGCUGGCAUUCAGAACUCACAACCAGACAAGGUUGUUCCUUCAGAUACGACAUCUUCAACAUGUAAAACAAUCCCAGCAGAUAAAAAAAUGGAUGUGAGUGCCACCCAGCCGAGCUACUCCAAGAUGAAAAUGCCUACGGAGGUAAAGAAAAGUCGGCGCCACCCGCUCAGCAAGCCGCCCAUGCGCACCCCUCUGUCGAUCGUCAAACAAGAGCGGUCUGCUGAGAAAGGGUUGUCCUCCCCAAUGUCACUAGAAAGCAGCAUGAAGAAACAGCAGCAUUUGUGGCAGAAUCGCUCACCCAACUUCUUGGCAGAGAAGACUUUCAAUUCUGCAGUGGCCGGACUAGAACCUUACUGUGCUGUCUGCUCGCUCUUCUGUUCCUACAAAAAGAAAGAUCCUUCCAAUGCAAGUAACCCUGCACACACCUUCAUGGCACCCAGACCUGGCAGUUUCACUCGCCCACUGGUCCCAGAAAUCUGCUUCAGUGGAGCAGGAAACGAAGAGCCACCACCCACUAACUGCUACAUCGGAGAGGAUGGAACCAGUCUUCUGAUCUGCUGUGAAUUUUGUGGCAUGCAGGUUCAUGCCAGUUGUUAUGGUGUGAAGCCCAACUCGGUCAGUUCUUCCUGGACGUGCUGCAGAUGCGCAGCAGGAGCCUGGACAGAAGAGUGCUGUCUCUGUAAUUUACGGGGAGGAGCUUUGAAGAGUACCACAGACAACAAGUGGGUCCACAUCAUCUGUGCUAUUGGUGUGGCUGAAGCUCGCUUCAUCAAUGCCAUGGAGAGAGAACCAGUGGAUGUCAGCGCUAUCCCAGAAACCCGCAAGAAUCUGAAAUGUGUGUUCUGCCAUUCAACAAGUCCCACUCGGACCCAAGGCGCCUGCAUCCAGUGCACCUAUGAGAACUGUGCUACCUCCUUCCACGUUACAUGUGCUCAGGUCGCUGGAGUCGUGAUGAAACCUGCCGACUGGCCCUACCUUCUAUCGGUCACCUGCCACAAGCACAAGAAGAGCCCUCAGAAGACUCGAACAGUGUAUCCUCGAGUAGCCUCCCCGGUUCUUGAUGUGGGUAGAAGGGUGAUUGGACGUAACGCUGACAGCUGGUUCUACCCCUGCACCAUCAUCGGCAUCGCCACACAGACAUUUUAUGAGGUCAACUUUGAAGAUGGCUCUUACUGUGAUAACUUGCAGCCAGAAAAUGUUAUAAGUCACGACUGUCUGCAUCAUGGUCCUCCUGUCGCGGGUAACUCGAUUGUGGUCGUCACACCUGAUGAUAAAAUCCUCAAAGCUACUUUUGUCAAACAGCAUGCCAACAAGGUUUUCCAGGUUGAGUUUCAGGAUAAAAGUCAGCAGAUGCUUAAACAAUCGGAUAUCUUUACCCUGGAGCAAGAGUUGCCCAAAAGGGUCCGAACCCGACUGGCCAUGCCUACACCACAGUUGGAGGUUUCCCCUGUGCAUGAAGCCCAAGCAACUAAACGCCCCCGCCAGCCCUCCAGCUCAGCUAACCUCAAGACUGCAGCGCCAGCACCAGCACCAGCACAGAAGCGUCGCAGUAUUAGCGUGCAACCAAAUAUAAAGCCUCAGACCCAGCCUAUCAAACAGGAAGCCCCCACCCCACUCAGCAGCAAUAAGAUGGAUGCAGAAACCCCAAUGGACACGAGUGCUCCCCGCACUAACACACUUACAAAACCACCCUUGGUCUCUGACCCCACAUCGUCGCCGCAGUCCACCUCUGUUCAAACCACUUUAAACUCUGACCCCCUUCAGUCCCCGCCUUCCACUGCUCCGCCAGCCCAGCACAUGUCUGACAGCUACAUGCCCAGCAGCGGCUAUGUGUCCUACAUGAAGAGGCUCCUUCAUUCACGUUUCCCUCAGGACGAUGGCCCCAGCCACUUGUAUUAAAAACCAACUCCAUUGUUAUUACUCGGCCGAUGAAGGCCGAGUCUGCAGGAGGUGGGCUAAAGGAGGCGGACUCUUGAGUGCUGUAUUAUGGGACAAACUUUUCCUCCUUCAACUUGGAAAGCUGCAGGAGUGAACAGGAAGAGACACAAACUCACAAGCACUCUUUUAAUGCAUGUUUUCUAUGUUUUGAGUUUAUGUAUUUGCAGUGGUGCUUUAGCUUGCUCUACAGCAGCUGAAGAGCAGAACAUUGUUGUUUUUUUUACUUUUAUUUCUAAGGUUAUUAAUUU